AUGUCUCAGGUGCUGUUUACAAAAGCGCCUAUUCUGCGCACCUGCUCUCGGCGCUCAAUCUCGCGCAUCGCUCAAUCCUCUUAUCACAGCAGCUCCGGCUCGAAAAUGCAGGCCGGCAGCGCACCCCUCCGCACUUUGUUCCGCCAGACCACUCUCCGCGCAACUGCCAUAGCCGCCCAACGCACCUCCUACCCUCUUACCCAGCAAUUCUCCCAGCAACCGUUUUCCCAGCACCGCCCACGAACUCCCUCACCGCCACCCCCCUACCAAGCCCGCAACAUCUCCCUGCUAGCCAGCACAUCGCAAUGGACGCGCUUCACCACGCCCAGCAACACGCUCUCGUCUGUGCGCACCUUCACAUCCUCUUCAAAGACCACCUUUGCCUCGGAAACUACAUCCACGGCACCACAUCCUAGUCUCGCGCCCGACGCUCAAGCUGCCGUUGAUACGGCGAUUGAAGAGAUUAGCGACUUGUACGGCACCGCGAGAGACGAGUUUGAGAUUGCGAGUGAGGAAAGCGAGAAGAACACCAUGUAUGCACCGGACGACCGGGCAGCGGCGAGGGAGGAGCUGGACAAGUUGUUGGCAUAUUACAAAGGCGUGCUUGAGGGAGACAAGGUGGUUGGGGAUGAGGUGAAACGGAGAGUUGGGGGGAGAAUAAGAGAAUUGGAAAAUGCGGUCGUGGCCAUGGAGGAGAAGGCGCUCGAGCAUGAUUAG